CCCGCCAUGGCCCGCCUGACCGAGAGCGAGGCGCGCCGGCAGCAGCCCCAGCUCCUGCAGCCGCGGCCCUCGCCCGUGGGCGGCAGCGGGCCCGAGCCCCCGGGGGCGCAGCCCGACGGCAUGAAGGACCUGGACGCCAUCAAGCUGUUCGUCGGCCAGAUCCCGCGCAACCUGGACGAGCAGGACCUCAAGCCGCUCUUCGAGCAGUUCGGCCGCAUCUACGAGCUCACGGUGCUCAAGGACCCCUACACGGGCAUGCACAAAGGCUGUGCCUUCCUCACCUACUGUGCCAGGGACUCCGCCAUCAAAGCUCAGACUGCCCUGCACGAGCAGAAGACCUUGCCCGGGAUGGCCCGGCCAAUCCAGGUGAAGCCUGCGGACAGUGAAAGCCGCGGAGGUAGGGACCGGAAGCUGUUCGUGGGGAUGCUGAACAAGCAGCAGUCGGAGGAGGACGUGCUACGGCUGUUCCAGCCCUUCGGGGUCAUCGACGAGUGCACAGUGCUCAGGGGGCCUGACGGCAGCAGCAAAGGCUGUGCCUUCGUGAAGUUCUCCUCCCACACGGAGGCUCAGGCGGCCAUCCAUGCCCUUCACGGCAGCCAGACCAUGCCGGGAGCCUCCUCCAGCCUGGUGGUCAAGUUCGCCGACACAGACAAGGAGCGGACACUCCGGCGUAUGCAGCAGAUGGUGGGCCAGCUGGGCAUCCUGACACCGUCCCUCACCCUGCCCUUCAGCCCCUACAGUGCCUACGCCCAGGCUCUCAUGCAACAGCAGACAACGGUCCUGUCCACCUCGGGCAGCUACCUGAGCCCCGGCGUGGCCUUUUCACCAUGUCAUAUCCAGCAGAUUGGUGCUGUCAGCCUUAACGGGCUGCCUGCCACACCCAUCACUCCUGCCUCUGGGCUGCACUCACCCCCGCUGCUCGGCACUGCCACUGUUCCCGGCCUCGUGGCUCCCAUCACCAAUGGCUUUACAGGAGUUGUGCCCUUCCCUGGUGGGCACCCUGCUCUGGAAACUGUAUAUGCCAAUGGACUUGUGCCCUACGCAGCUCAGAGCCCGACGGUGGCCGAGACCCUCCACCCAGCCUUCUCCGGAGUCCAGCAGUACACAGCCAUGUACCCCACCGCGGCCAUCACGCCCAUCGCGCACAGCGUCCCCCAGCCGCCGCCCCUCCUGCAGCAGCAGCAGCGAGAAGGUCCCGAAGGCUGUAACCUGUUUAUCUACCACCUCCCCCAGGAGUUUGGAGACACGGAACUGACGCAGAUGUUCCUGCCCUUCGGCAAUAUCAUCUCCUCCAAGGUGUUUAUGGAUCGGGCUACCAACCAGAGCAAGUGUUUCGGAUUCGUGAGCUUUGACAACCCGGCCAGCGCGCAGACGGCCAUCCAGGCCAUGAACGGAUUCCAGGUCGGCAUGAAGAGACUCAAGGUGCAGCUGAAGCGGCCCAAAGACCCGGGACACCCCUACUGACCGUACCCACAGCCGCCCUGAGGCUGUGGGUCUGGCCCAGACCUGCGUGAUUUGUACAAUGUACUUUAUUUCUGCUACGAGUAAUUUCAUGAAGUUUCAACUUGGAAACUGACUUUUGGAAACACACACACAACAAGAGAAAGGAAGAGACACUGAGGGAAUUUUGGGUUGACUUGGUUUGAAUUUCGUGUCAAAGCAGAUUUCCCUGGAGAGGUCCCAAGUCACUGCCGCUUUCUUCAUGCGAGAAGCAAUGUCCAAAUGCCUCUCUUUGGUCUUAAAAAAAAAAAAAAACUAAAAAUUUAUUUAAUAAAAGUUUUACUUG